GAUUUUGUCUGUAGUCAGCGAGCAGUCGCGGGAAUUUAGAAUGGAAUCAAUAGUCGCGUCAUCGAUCGCCAACCUCCACAACUCAACGCAAAGUCGGCGCAUGUGUUCGGAUAACUGUCGGCGGUCACUGAGGACCAAAGUGAGUGAGUGAGCAGUAUGCAGAGCAAUGCCGUUGGGGAUGUCCUGUGCUGUGAGGAGCACCUGAGGUCCACACUCUUCUGCGAUGACAAGGACGAUCUUCGGAGAAAGUUGGCCGAGCUCCGGAGGCAGUAUCUCAAGACAGCCCAGAAACUGCAGCGUGCUGAGCGUCUGGAGGUGGUGCGAAAACAGGAGAGGAACAACAUCACUCCAAAGCAAGACCAGCAUCAGUACCAGACAGACCCACAAGGGACAUCUAAGCCUACAAAUGAAAGCCCUGCUGACUCCAGCUGCUGUAGCUUGGUCAGGACUCUGUUCCCAUCAACGCCAGAAUCCGAACCGGUCCACCAUAACCAGGCCUCCGUUUCCAGAGCCAGUCCAGCUUUGCGCCUGCGCUCCCGCCGCAGCCGCAUGCGCUGGCAGAGUCGCAACGAGGAUGGAGGAAGCUCGCAAGGCCCGCCGAGGUUUGCAGAUGAAACCCAAAGUUUGGGAUCGGCAUCGCCCUCUCUGCUGCUUUCGCACUGGAAUGUUCCGGACCUCGGGAAUGAGAAACAAGAAGGCAAAAAGGAAGCGGAGCUGCCAGAUGGAGACAGAACUGAAAAUCGCACUGUCGGAGGAGAUGGCAGGAACAUCACACUUGAGGAAAAGAGUCGUGAAAAUUUGGAAAAACAGGCAAGCUACUUGAAGCCUUGUGUGUGCAGCGAAGAAAAAAUAGCCGGAGGUGAAGAUGGGAAGAGCCUGUUGGAGUCCUGCACCCUGGUGGAGGGACUACUUUUCCCUGCAGAGUACUAUGUCCGCACUACCAGGCGCAUGGCUCUCUCACGGAGCCAGCCAGACCUGCGGGCCGUCAUCCAUACCCAGAUGAACUCAAGACGACCUCGCCAGAAAAAAGCCAGGCCGGCCAUUUCCAGUAAGCGUUCCAGCCCGAUGUCCAUCAGUAAGACCCCCACGAAAGCCGUUUCGCCCCUGAGAGUCACUCGUCCGAGGAAGAGUCAGAAGGCCAGGGGUCGAGGCAGGGGGAAAAUUCGGCUCAAGAGACCCUCGCCUUCUCCUGGCCCACCGUCACUCCAUGAGACAAAUUCCUCCAAAUCCCACUCACCUCUGGAAGAGGUUGAGCCGCCAUCUGACAAUCCCAAGGCCACGUCUCCUGACAUCCAACCUUCUUUCGAAGCCCAGACGGUCUUUCCGAUCAUUGACAAAAUGGUCAAGUCCACUCCUGUGUCCUCAGGUUCUGAAAAGUGGUGUAACCUCCUGCUGCCCUCUCUUAAGACCAUGCCCACUCUGCUACUUCCUCCCCUCUCGGAGCUGGCUGGCGCCCUGUUGCACCUGGACCUCCAUCAGGACUUCCACUUGCCUGAUGACGACUUCGCCUCCCUGAAGCUCAGUAAACUCCGCCAAGUGGCUGUGGAGUCCAGACUGAAUCACUUUGCGUCCCCGUGUCACAACACAGGUGGCGUCCUCCAGCAUCCUGGAACUCCGGUGACCACUUUCAGUGUGCCGCUCAGCCUCACACCGAUGGCUGGCAAAUCAUCCAGCCAAUCAAAAGACAAUGACCCCUUGAACAUGCAACUCACUGGAACCUCACCUUUGGAUUCUCCCGGCAUGUGUCGGAGCCAGGAGGAACAAGAACUGAAAUGUGGGGACCGCCAACAGAAAGUUGUUACCUCCCGUGAUUGCCCCCUAGAAGAACGCCAGGAGGAGAACAGGAUAAGAGAUGUUUCUCCCAAAACGCUAAAAAAUGAGCACAGCGUCAACUCUCAGUUGCGACUGAGCCCCCCGGUGGCCUCUGCCCCACUACACCCGCCUUCAUCCACUUCCCCCUCUAGUCCAGUGCUGCCCUCACUGGGGCUCACCCCCCUUGCUUCAUUGCCCACUGCCACUGUUAUCCCCCUCUGUCAGCCUUCCACCCUCCACCCCUCCACCCGAGCCCUGUCCCCCCAACACUUCACCACUGUUGACACGCCUGCACCGGCACCCGACGUCCAAAUGCUGAAGGCGGUGGAGGAGCGCAGAAGCUGCACUCUGAAAGCCCCGGCAGGAGGUGUUCUGGUAGACGCAUGCUGCCUGUUGGACUCGGGCGGUUACUUGUGCGUCGCUGCAGCAGGCAAAUGGGCGGUAUGUUUGUGGAGUCGUGCGUCGUCCUCAAGCGAUUGGACCCUUCGACACACGUGGCCCUUCACUGAGCCGGUGAUCAACAUGUUUUCCGUCCCGGAUGCGGCCGGCCUCAUGUGCGUGACUCUGGGUCAGCUGGAGAUCAAAGAAGUGAGGGUGCUGUCAUGCUGUGGCCGCGAGCCUGUGCUACUGCUUGAUGGUGGUGUCCAGGCGGCUGUGGGCGUGGCCCAGUCCAGGGUGGUCACCUCCUCCUACUCUGCGACUAGCUGCACGCUACAGGUGUUCACGCUCUCAAACAAUGGCAGCACUUCCCACUGUCUCCCUCUUGGGUCGCCUGGCGUUUACGUCGGAGCGCUGGCUCAAGUGGAUGCACUUUCCGAUGCUCUGAUCGGCACAAAUGAGGGAGGACAACUCUUUGUUUGGAAUUUAAAGAGCGGACACUUGCUGCAGAAAAUACAGCUUGGUGAAAGUUUGUCAAACACGUCCUGUUUAAGAGGAUUCUCCUGCGAUGGUGUGUUGUUAGUCCUCCUACAGCAUCUGUCUCUGGGCAGCCACCUGGAAGCUAAAAAGAAGACCGAGGAUGAAGAGAAGAAAAAGGCAGUGCUCAUCUCCUUGGUUGCGUUGAAUCCUCUCACUGGGAAGAGCAUCCUGGCAGCGAGUCUGGACCCACCCACGUCCUGGUCGGGAAGGCUGUGCGAGGCUGACGCCAGCAGCGCGGCAGUGGUGGGCCUGAGUCAGAGCGGCUGCGUGUGCGUGUGGCAGCUGAGGCGGCGGUCGCGCGGCGGAGUCACGGUCGCGGCGGCACACGACUGCGAGGGAUGGCAGCUGGCUCGCUGGGCAGAGGGUGGCGCCACACUGGUGAUGGGCCACCACAAUGGCGACAUCGCCUUGCACUUUGACCUUGCCACUCAGGACCAUGUUACGGGAUUUUAGUCGCACCCGCUUGAAGGUUUUUAGAGUGGCAGUCGCACACUUGCACUGUAGCGGACUUUUAAGUUGACUGCUGUACACUUUUAUUACAAUGCCUCCAACUUUUGUCCUUGGGGUUGCUGAAAAAAAAAAAAAAAGUGUUGAAAUUUGUAUUAAACGUGAAUUUUGUUGAA